GCCAUCGCAUGUGCUUCCACUCACAAACGAGCAAAACCAAAACAAAAAUUUCGAUUAAAACAUUUUACGGGAAAAGUACUGCAUUUAUGUGAUUUUAUGAAUGUUCAUGUGAUUCGUACGUAGUAUUAAUAAACCAUGCAGCGAUACCAGAUCGAUUUGAGUGAUUUUUUCGUUGACCAUCGCCAAAAAGUGUUUGUCGGCAAACGAGACAAGUGGAAGCUGAUCUCCUGUUUGGUGAAACAUAUUGGUGCAGUUUUCGGGUUAAAAAACAUCUUCAUCACCGAUAGCGAUGGUGUUCUGUUCCUGGAAGACGAUAGUUUGGAUGUGAUAAGAGAAAGCGACUUGUUAAGAGUGCACUCUUCGAACAGUUCAAAGGUCGCUCAGGAAAUUUGCGCGCCCAAACGAGUGGCGGCAGUUGACUCGCCACGUGCUUCCGUUGUAAAUCAGAAUGGGAAACGGAAACGUGAAUCGACUUCUAAUGAUAAACCCACACAAAGAGAUAUAUCCUCGAGUUCCGAAUCCGAUAGCGAUGAUGACAAUGAGACUACACUGCCCAAAAUAUUCGUCGGACUCGAAUCAGUAUGCAAGAAAGACGAAUCCAUUGAUGAAAUACCCAAACUCAAACGGAAACGAAUUCGCAAGCGGAAAUCUAAGAAAAAACAAGAGGGAACUCCACAGAAAGUGAUCGUAAAAACUUAUGGCAAAGGUAAAGUUCCUGCCAUUGUAAACGACAAUGGAGACUCUUCCCAACAUAUACGAUUUAGCAAAGAUGAUACACCAGACGAAGAAGGUGAAACUCCCGCUAAAGAUGAGCCCUAUCGUAAUCUGAAUAAGACCACUGUUGCCCGUGUAGUAAAAGCCGUUUUACAAUGCUCUGAACCCCUGACCCCAAACAAUGAAAGUCCCUCAAUCCCGGAUUACGUAGAUGAUCUUCACAUGGAUCAAUCAGUGGUCAAUUCCCAGCGUAAGCAGAAAACCCGAAAACAAAAGAAAUCGUUGGAAAUCAAACAAGAACUCAUAGAAACAAACACGAUUCGCGCUCCUUCCCCAACCUGGGAUUUCGAGUUGGACCAGGCCAAGGAAAAUUUCCUAUCCAGUUAUAUUGGUGAAGAGUUUUGGACCACUCUUCAGGAAGCGUUGGAAAACUUUCCCACCAUUAGCAUCCCGAGCGUGAAUGACAUCAUCGCUUAUCGGCUGCCUUCCGAGGAUCAGAUAACUUAUCUGGCAUUCGUGGAACGUGCCGACGAUGGCGAUAGUGACGGCAACCCAGCCCUGAAGUUGAAGCUACGCCGACUCAACACUACAUCACCGACCGAGAUGAUAACCUACACGUUGGAUCAGCUCACGGAAAUCAGACUGAUAGCGACGUAUCAGCCAUAGACGUUUUGGGGUAGGUAUCGUUAGCUGAAGAUCACACGAUACCAGAUAGUGGUUCAAGUCUAUAAAACAAUAAAUGUCUACAUAGAAACGGACAGUAGUUGAUUCCGGA